GAGAGCUCACGCGUUGGAUCCGCGGAGCUCCGGUAAGCUGGGUAUGACGCAUUCCAUCCAGCGAUGGCGGGAAGCGACAUCGAUCUGGAUGCGCUACUCGAUGCUCACAGCAGCGACGAGGACGACGCCGAUCUUCCCGAGCUCGACAGAAGCAUCGACGAUAUUCUACUCGAUGCCGAUGAGGAGGAGGAGGGUGAUGUGGAGCGAAAUUCGGAUAUUUCGGCCGCGAUCCCGGAGAAGAAGCUCGAGAGCGGGAUUGAGAGCCAGGGAUCACAGGCGGGUUUAGUGAGUACAGGGGUGUCCAAGACUGCUCCAAGGCUAUGGGACAUCAGUGGAACGAUUCCAUUCUAUCAGGUGACCACCAAGCCAAGUCCAAAGCCUGGCGCUGCUUUGGCGGCUGCUACUGCUGCUUCGAGACACAGUGGAACGACUACUCGCACAGCGUCUCUCAGGGAUGUUCCUAGUGAAACUCCGGACGAGUCGGGAAGCUUGAACGAAGAAAAAGAAGAGGUCGAAGAAAAAGAAGAGGAAGAGCAAAAGGGACUCGACUGGGUUUCAUCAUCGAUAGAAUUCGUUAGCAACGAGGAUACAAGUGCUGCGAAGAGAGACCAAGUGGAAAUGGAGGCGACGCCGGUUUCUCUCUCGACAGAGGACACAGUUUCAUCAUCGUUAGAAGGUGGCGAGGUUUUGGACGAGAGGAUAGAAGUGGCUGUAAAUACCGUGGAUCUUACCGAGGACAACGAGAGCGACCUUGUUGCCGUCCAGAUACUCGACGAGAAGCUAGAACGAGGCGAAGACGGCUCAUCAUCGACUGAAAGCUCCGAAGAGAGCGUGCUGGAGGAGGCUUUUGAUGAACAUACUUCCCCUGAAGUGGAAGAAGUGAAGUCUCUAAUGGUUGAGGCAGAAGAGCGGGAGAAACGAGCAGCGAACUCUGGUCUUCACUUGGAGGAAGGAGCUGCGGCGCAGCCAAUGCAAUUGGAAGGCAUUCAGCGCGGGCCUCCAGCCAUAGGCCUGCUGCAGCUGGACUGGGGUGGACCUCUGUCCUUCGCGCUUUCUUCCAUAGCCAUGAUGCGUGACCACGGGAAUCCACGGUGCUUGGCAGUUCAAGCAAACUUCAUUGCGGUGGGAAUGUCGAAAGGUACUGUACUCUUGGCUUUAAGCAAGUACUCCGCCACUACCACAGCAGACAACAACGAAGCUAAGGUGGUUCUCUUGAGUAAUGCCGCAGACAAGUCUCACGCCUCUGCGAGUGUGAUGUGCUUCAGCUUUCUUGGAGACCUGCUUCUAGUGGGAUAUACUAAUGGGUCUGUGAUACUAUGGGACGUUCCAAAAGCUGCGGUAGCUAAAGCCGUCACAGGAGAGCAUCACAACGUGAUAGUUCAUGCAGCAUUUGUAGGACAGGACGGUUCAACAGGUCGCCCCUUAAAAGCCAUGACUGCAGAUUGUAAAGGGGUGGUGAUGCUCCAUACCUUCACACUUGUUCCACUGCUGCGCCGCUUUUCAGUCACAACACAGUGCCUUCUAGAUGGCCAACGGACGGGUGUUGUCCUCUCACUGGCACCUCUGCUGCUGACUGAAAGUUUACUUCAGAAUAUUACAGGGUCUGGUAUCACUGGGGCAGCUGGAAACGAUGCGGGAAGGAAGUUUUUGUACGACGGAUCUUCUUCGUCUGACGAAACCGGGGGCCUGGUUGUAUUUGUCACUCAGCAGAUUGCUCUUGUGUUUCGAUUAUUGCCUGCUUUAGAAAUAUGCGCGAAACUAACACGGCCGGAAGGUGUUCGAGAGGGGUCGAUACCGUAUGCAUCUUGGAGGGGUGUCUCAUCUAUGAAGUCGGAAAGCACUGCCCAAGGUCAAGACGAGCCUUUGCUUGCUCUUGCCUGGGGAAAGAAGGUCCUUGUUCUUCAACUUCAAAAGGCCGAUCUUAAAGUGCUGGCUGAAUGGGAUAUUGAUAACAAAGCCGCUGGAGUAGCUUGGCUUGGUGACCAGAUGCUUGUGGUCGCCACUGUCAAAGCUGAACUUUGUCUAUUCACAAAGGAAGGUCUUGCACUUGAACGUGCUGCCAUACGAGACAAUGACGGGCACACAGAGCCUUUGACAUUUCACACCUACUUUCUGGAGACGUGCAACAAUCCUGAGAAAGUUUAUGGAAACUCUUUAGGAGUCCGAGGGGCAGCAUCUUAUUUUCUGGGAGCUUCAAAGCUCUGGAGGGCUCGGCUACUUCCUUGGCAGGAUAGAAUAAAGGCACUUCAGGAUGCUGGUGACUGGAUGGGCGCUUUCCAGAUUGCAAUGGAGUUGUUCGAUGGACGGGCAAGAGGUGUUACUGGCUUACCUUCUGGGCUUCGUGCAAUGCAGGAAGCUAUUAUGCCAAAUCUUCUAGCAUUGCUGUCGUCGUACAUCGAUGAAGCUUUCGCUUAUGUUCGUUUGGCUCUUGGUGUGCCUGAAACUGAAGCUGCCAGGGAACAGUAUGCAAGAGUCGGGCGGGUUGCAAUAGAGUUUUGUGUACAUAUCAGCAGGACCGACGUACUUUUUGAGAACGUUUUUCGAAAGUUUGAUGAGGUCGCCCAAGCAGCAACAUUUCUGGAGCUGUUGGAGCCUUACAUUCUGAAAGACAUGCUCUGCGGCCUUGCACCAGAGAUCAUGCAAUCUCUCGUUGAGCACUACAGCAGCAAGGGGUGGUUGCAAAGGGUCGAACAGUGCAUUCUUCACAUGGAUAUUGCGUCAUUGGACUUCAACCAGGUUAUGAGACUUUGCCGGGAGCAUGGAUUAUUCAGCGCUCUGAUUUAUCUUUAUAACAAGGGCUUAAAUGACUUCAAAUCGCCAUUGGAAGAACUGCUGAUCGCUGCGCAGGAUCAACAUCAGGAAAAUGCUUCGUCUUUUGGGUAUAAACUUUUGGUAUAUCUCAAGUAUUGCUUCUCUGGUCUUGCGUUUCCUCCUGGUCGUGGAUCAUUACCUGCUGAACAAGUAUAUGGACUCAAAAUACAGCUUUUGGAGUAUUUACUCGACCCCGCUGGCUCUGGAAGAGAUGCAGAGUCGGUAUAUGCAGUUUAUCCGAGGCUUCAUUAUCUACUCAACCUGGAUGUGUCGGCCACCCUGGAUGUUUUCAAAGUAGCUUUGGGGAACGUAAAGGAGGCUGAAGGACAUCUGGUCCAGCUAACGAUUGAUCCUCUUGUCCACAUUGUCGAAACAGUUCUAUGCAUGGACACCGAGUUCAUUGACAAGACAAGCUACAUUUUACAGUUUAUUGCCGACUAUGUAUCUGCUGGGGCUGCUUCUAUACCUCCUACAACACUAGAUCGGAUUCUAAAUCUAUUUCUGGACAAUACUCAAGAAAGCAUUCUCCCUGAUCGCGAGGAACUUACGGUGAAAGUUUUGGAGGCCGUUCCCGCGGAAGACUGGGAUCCUGAUGCUGUUCUUGAGCUAGCUAAGAAAACUCAAUUCUGGCGGGUGUCCGCGUUGGUCUAUACACGGAAAGGAGACCACAUAUCCGCACUUUAUAGUCACCUAGAGGAUGUUUCUCGACCACGCCAUACUUUUAACUUCGUGAUAUCUAAGCUUGAUCGGGAAAAUGGCCUCAAGGGAACUGCAUUGACAGAAUUCCGUGCGGCUGUAAUCUCUCGUAUUCAUCACCUUGUACAGAAGAACAGGAUUGCAGCUUUCUAUAUAGUUCUUGAAUACUUCAAUGACCAACUCGACGAUGUGGUGAAAGCCUUACAACCGUUUCCACUCUCUCUGUUUAACUUCCUGAAAGCUCUUAUGGAAGUCCGUGCCAUCUCAGAUACUAUCAGUGAUGUGCAAGUCUCAGAAGUCGACUGCGAUCCCUGGGAUGACCGAUCCCGACUAGCAACGCUACUGGAAAACAUGCGUUUGGAGGUCACGGAUGACAUGGUCGAGGAAUAUAUAGAGCUUAUGUGCGAGCUUGAGCCUAGUGGCGUACUGAAUUUUCUUCAAGGCCAUGAAAAUUAUAGGCUUGAACAAUGUUUGAAGCUGUGCCAGAAGUAUGGGGUGAAAGACGGUGCGGCUUUUCUUCUCGAACAAGCUGGUGAUGUUGGCAGCGCUCUGACUCUUAUUCUGGGUGACCUUUCGAAGUUAUUCCAUGAACUUGAUGCGGCAGUUGCAAUAAUGUGCACUGCAUCAAGCACUGGAACGAACAUUCCUGAGGAGCAAGCUUUGCAUUCAGUUAAGAAUGCCGCGGUUUCUCUUUGCCAAAGAAAUACUUUUCGGCUUGAUCCCCAGGAAGCCGAGUCCCUUUGGUUUCAUCUGCUGGACAGAUUUAUUCACCCUCUGGAUGCUCUGAAUUCGUCGAAGCACAACAAAGCUGUGAAACCAGCAGAUACAGGAUCAUCAUCUCGCUACGAGUGGCAGGUUUUUCAAGUUAUCGGUGCAGCGAGUGUUCUCCGAAAGAUGCUUUCUAAGUUUGCUGGGGACAUUGUCACGGGUAUGAUUGGUCAUGUACCCGUGCAAGUGAUUUUGAACAAGAUCGUAUCGGAUCAUGGUAACCACGAGCUUGGCGAUUUCAAGAACACCAUUCUCGAAAUGCUGAGUGCGUAUGGCUACGAGUUGGCAAUUCUGGGUACUGCAAGGCGGAUACUUGAAACUGACAUGUUUCACGACAUUCAAACACUUAAGAGAGGCCGAUCUCGUGGAUUAAGUCCCUUGACAGCCAGCUGCAGCGUGUGCAGUCACACGUUUGUGGAAGAUCAAAGUGCAAGGAAGGGCGUACAAAUUUUCUCUUGUGGGCAUUUAGUCCACCUGAGCUGCAUGGAGGACGCUAACUCAAAGUCAAACCGGUGCCCGGUUUGCAUGCGUCACGACGUAGGCACGGAUACAAAUUACAACAAUGGUUACAACAAUGGAAGCUUUCCUCAAGAUCGUAAGGGUAAAGGCCACGAACAGGCUAUCGAAGAACGGCAACCAAUUCGGAAACAAGGAGUCUCCAGAUUUGAAUUGCUGAAGAGUCUCCAGAAGGGAGAACCCCUGCCUGAGCUGAAUCCUGAUUUACCAAGGCUACAGCUCUCGCCUCCGAUCAAGUACAAGCACAGGCCUUCCAGGCCGCUGUCUGGCUAUAGCAACACCAACAUCAGCGGCAACUCUAGCAGAAGACCCCUACAGCAAAAAUCGCAUUCCUUGCGCGUUCUCAAAGCAAAAUGAUAAACAACAAGCUCGUCAUGCUCUACACCUUUCUGGCGAAUUCAAAUUUGCUAUCGUAUGAAGAGGAGAAGUCCAUUCUAUAUCCUAUAUCGGAAUGUGACAUGGCGUGGCAGAUGACGGGCUCCUUGGCCGCUGGAGGUGAGACCGAUCAGCACGCAUGCCAGCAUCCUCGGCAGUGGAAAGGAGUCACCAGAGUUUCUCGACAUAGCGGCCGAAGCUCGGGAGUCGACUUCAUGUCUUCCAAGGUGGACGUGCAGCUGUACAAGUGCCACGAGCAAGGUCGCCAUUUCAAGUUUACAGGAUGGAUUCUUGCGACCAGCGUCCAACACGGUCGGGCCAUUGUGGCCGAGCUCUCACGGUCCAGCACUCAAAUUCUUCCAACUUCCACUGCACGAAUGACUUACCUCUACACAGUCUUCUGCGACUGCCAACACUGUAUGGAGCAGCUGUUUGAGCUACUGGCGCUUGAGGUCAAUGAGCAGGACAAUUGGAAUGGGAGGCAUGCUUUCCGGGACAGUCGAUCGAUUCGAAAGAGUAACUCGAUUCUUCUUUUAUUCUUUGGCUCGAUCGUCGCGUCCGAUCCAACUUUUUAUUUCCAGGUCUUCGAGACAAAAUCUGGCCGCAACGUCGUUGCUUCUUCUCGGUAAAGUGUCUAUUUUGCCUGCAGAUAGACAAUCCAAACUCUUUUAGUGCCGCAGAACAUGGGCUAGAUCAAACAAUGCGUUGGAGAACUCCAGCAUGACGCAGAAUCCGAGAAAAGGCAACAGUCUCAUUGUCCCCCUUCAUGUAAUGAUAGCAAUUGUUGUGAUUUCUCAUUCCACUGGUGAUCCUGAGAGCCAUCUCGAUCUUCUCAGCAAACAAUCACAGUGCGAACAACUCUUGAGGGCCGUCAUCGACAAACUAAAGAUGACGAGGUGACGAGAGGCUUUGUGACAAAGAGAAAUAGCGAUGCAUUCCAUA